CCAAAAAUCAGUAUUAAGAAUUUCUGUACACAAUGGCCCGCAAGCUGGCCCAUUUGUAUCCCAAAAAUACGUUAUUUAUGUUAUGUGACGUUCAGGAAAAAUUUCGUCCUGCCAUGCCACUAUUCAAUAACUUAAUAGGAAAUGCCAAACGUUUGACUGCUGCUGGAAAAAUUCUAAAUGUUCCUUUGCUGGUUACCGAACAAAAUCCAGAAAAAUUGGGUAAAACUGUUGAGGAUCUAGAUAUUUGUCAUGCCAAGUGUGUGGUGAGCAAAACCCGUUUUAGUAUGAUGGUUCCGGAAAUUGAAUGUUAUAUGAAAAAUCUUUUUGAUGGAGGCAAACCAAGUGAUGUGAUAUUGUACGGCAUGGAGUCUCACAUCUGCAUUGAACAAACCGCCAUCGAUUUGUUAGCACAAAAUAUAAAUGUGUUUGUGGUGGCUGAUUGUGUGGCUUCGCGAGUCCAUCAGGAUCGUAAUAUGGCUUUGAAACGUUUGCAGUCCACUGGUUGUUUUAUAACAACAACCGAAUCAGUUAUAUAUCAGCUUUUGCGUGAUAAAAAUCAUCCCAGAUUUAAUGAUUUAAAAAAAUUAUUAGUGGCCAAGUCACUGGAUAUGGAAAUCAAAUCAUAA